AUGAUGCAUGAUGAAAAUAAAUUUCUACUGGUACGUCGUCAAUUAUUAGAUCAAGUAACUACUGAGGAACAUCGACAAGCAGCACGUAUUGCUCAAAUGUUUGAUUAUGAUAAUUUUCCUCCGACUAUCGAUCCAUUGGUCAAAUCUAAAUUAUUAAAACGACAACAACGAGCUAAUGCGAUUUUUCUUUAUUAUACCUACGAAAAACGUUUUCCACAUUAUGGACGAACAAUUCAUCGAAUAUGGAACGAUACAUUUCAGAAUACACCAAUUGAAAUGACCAGACUUAUUGCUGGUAGUCGAAACAGUCCAAAUCUGACGAAUGAACUUGUCCGUCGAAAUCCUUUUAUCAAAAAUAGAAACUUAGACAACAAAAAAUCCAUCAUGAACUGA